CGCGCCAACCAAAAAAGAGAAUAAAUAAAUAAAUAAAAAUCCCUUUCUCUCUCUCUCUCUCUCUCUCUUUGCUUCUCAGUUGCAACAGCAACAUUCCAAAUGCCAGGUAGAUCAGCCGCCGGUGUCCGAACCGGCGUGAGAGUCGUCGUAGCUGGGGACCGUGGCACGGGUAAAUCGAGCCUCAUCUCAGCUGCAGCUUCCGAUUCUUUCCCCGAAUAUGUCCCGGCGGUUCUUCCUCCUACUCGCCUCCCCUCUGACUUCUACCCCGAUGGCGUCCCUGUCACUAUUGUUGACAGCUCCUCCAGCAUGGAGAGCAGAGUAAGGCUUAUUGAUGAGUUGAAGCGAGCUGAUGCUGUGGUAUUAACAUAUGCUUGUGAUCAACCUAUGACACUCAGUCGACUGAGUACUUUUUGGCUUCCUGAGCUUCGUAAAUUAGAGGUUAAGGCACCAGUUAUUGUUGUUGGGUGCAAACUAGAUUUACGAGAUGAGCGUCAGCCCAUGAACUUGGAACAAGUCAUGGCACCAAUCAUGCAACAGUUCAGGGAGAUUGAGACUUGUAUAGAAUGUUCCUCUGCUACACUAAUUCAGGUUCCUGAUGUGUUCUAUUAUGCUCAAAAGGCAGUUCUACACCCAACAGCACCACUAUUUGAUCAAGAGAAACAAAGUUUGAAGCCACGAUGUAUCAGGGCAUUAAAACGGAUAUUUAUGCUUUGUGAUCAUGACAUGGAUGGAGCCCUUAGUGAUGCAGAGUUGAAUGAGUUUCAGGUUAAAUGUUUUAAUGCUCCAUUACAACCUGCUGAGAUAGUGGGUGUAAAGAGGGUGGUGCAAGAGAGGAUAAGAGGAGGAGUCAGUGACCUUGGUCUUACUCUUGAAGGUUUCCUCUUUCUUCAUGCUCUUUUUAUAGAAAAAGGGCGUCUUGAGACAACUUGGGCUGUCUUGAGAAAGUUUGGAUAUGAUGAUGAUUUAAAGCUUAGGGAUGAUAUUCUUCCAACUCCAACCAAGCAUGCCCCUGAUCAGAGUGUGGAGCUGACAAAUGAAGCUGUAGACUUUUUGCGUGGGAUCUUCCGAUUGUAUGACAUUGAUAAUGAUGGAUCCUUGCAAGCUUCUGAGAUUGAUGAUAUCUUCGUAACUGCUCCGGAAAGUCCAUGGAGUAUGGGCCCUUAUGUAGAUGCUGCAGAGAGAACAGCUCUUGGAAAUUUGACUCUUAAUGGGUUUCUAUCUGAGUGGGCCUUGAUGACAUAUCUGGAUCCAUCAUGUAGUUUGGCUAAUUUGAUUUGCAUUGGAUAUGGUGGAGAUCCAACUUCAGCCCUUUAUGUUACUAGGAGAAGAUCUGCAGAUCGUAAGAAGCAACGGACAGAAAGAAAUGUAUUUCACUGCUUUGUUUUUGGUCCUAAAAGAUCUGGGAAGUCUGCUUUGUUGAAUUCAUUUUUAGGAAGGCCUUUCUCGAGCAACUAUACUCCGACAAAUGGUAUAUGUUAUGCAACGAAUGUUGUUGAAGAGAUUGGAGGUACUCAGAAGACACUUAUUUUGCAAGAGAUACCAGAAGAUGGAGUUAAGAAAUUCCUGUCGAGUAAGGAAUGUUUGGCUGCCUGUGAUGUAGCUGUAUUUAUGUAUGACAGUUCAGAUGAAUAUUCAUGGAAAAGAUCAAGAGAACUGCUUCUGGAUGUUGCUAGGCAGGGUGAGGAAAGUGGUUAUAGAGUGCCUUGCCUUCUCAUUGCAGCAAAGGAUGACUUGGAUCCAUAUCCAAUGGCACUACAAAACUCGGCAAGAGUUACUCAGCAGUUGGGAAUGGAAGCUCCAAUACCAUUAGGUGUGAAAUUAAGAGAUUCCAAAACUGUAUUUUCUAGAAUCAUAAAUGCAGCAGAACACCCUCACCUGAGCAUUCCUGAAACUGAGAAAGGGAAGAAAAGGAAGAAAUAUCGCCGGCUUGUUAAUAGCUCACUUAUGUUUGUUUCAGUUGGGGCUGCUGUUGCUGUUGUUGGACUGGCAGCUUAUCGUGCCUAUGCUGCAAGGAAGAAUACUUGAAAGAUGAUCAGUUUGUUCAUCAAGAACUAUUGCUUUUUUUGCUGCAUUUUGCUACUCAAAUAAAUGGUCGGUACAUGUAUCCUUGUUUGGUUUUUCUACCUAAAACCUGUAUAUAACUUUUUGCAAUUAUUUCCAGCAAGGCUGGAGGUAAUCUUUUUGACUUUCGCAUCGUGGACCCAAUAAUUUCACUUUUCUUGCUUUAUUUAUUUUUUGUUCCAUGUAUACUGAAAUAUAUGUAAACCGCAUGCCAAUUAUCUGUCACGAAAGUAUAAGAUCUGUGAACCUUGAAACAUAGUGUUAUU